AUGGAAACGGUAAUACCCCCGCGAGACCACGGCCCGUCGACAUACCGCUACACGUGGGACGAGAACGGCGAGGUAACCCAAGUCGCAAGCCCCAUUGUGUCAAUCUUCCCCCCGCACCAACCCCACCACCACCACCACCAACAACAACAACAACAACAACAACACCAGCAGCCGCCGCCGCCGCCGCCGCAGCCGCGGCAGCGCUGUAUGACCUCCCCAGCCGCACGGCUACCCCACAACACCAUGGCGUCGAGCUGGUGGUCCCGAAACGGCGGAGUGCAUUGCAUCGGUCGAAGGUGGCGGAUUUUUUUGAGGGGUUUCUCGUUAGUGCGUGGUGGUGGUGGGGGCGGUGGAGGGUUUGAGGUUGGGUCGGGGCCGAGGCCGAGGUCUGGGUCGGGAGAUGGGUUGGGGUGGGUUGGGGCGGAGCUGGGGCGGGUGGAUAGUCGGGAGGGGGUGCCGGUUGGGGUGGGGGAGGAGCAGCGGUUUUUUCUUGGGGAGGGCGUGAGGGGGGUGGGGGAGAAGGGUGAUGUUGGGGGCGGUGGGGUUGGUGGAGGGGAUGGGAGAGGGGGGUGGAGGGCUUGGAGGGGAGGCGGGUGGCGAGCGGGAGUUGCGAUGAUUGUGUUGGCGACGUUGGUGAUACUGAUUACGGGGUUUGUGUGUUUGGUCGUGGCGAUAUCCGGGGUGAAUGCGGGAGCUGGGGGGUCGGCUGUUUUCGAGGGGAGUUGUGGCAGCGCGGCGGCGGUGGAUUGGGGGCUGCAUGCUGUGGUUAAUGUGUUUGUGGUGGUUUUGGUCGGGGGCGCGAACUACGCUUUCCAGGUCCUCAGCAGCCCGACGAGGGAGGAAGUAGAGGCGGUGCACCAGAGGGGGGGUUGGGUUGGAUAUUGGGAUCCCGUCGUUGCGGAAUCUUCGGCGUAUCGAGGGUGGCCGCGCGUUGCUAGCCGUUGUGCUUCUAGCGACGGCGGUCUUUACGCAAAUAAUACGGCGCCCGACUACAAGGCCGCCAUCGUCAGCGAGGCGCUUCUCAGGGGCGCGGCUUUCAGUAGCGACAUUUCGAAUGACAGCACCGGCUUCAGUCGUCCCGACCUCUUGGCCAUUCAACAGCAGGCGGUCCGAGGCGAGCUUAUCCGCCUUCCCACCCCGACUUGCAUCGAUCAGUUCAGCGGAGCUUUCGAAACGGAGUACUCCGCUGUGCUCCUAGUCUCAAACCUCGAUACCCUCUCUCUCACCCAGAAAUCAGGCGGGAUUGUCACGAACCCCAUCAGCGGCCUGGCCCCCGAGAGAUCCUCUAUCCUCUAUUGCCUAGCCCAACCCGCGCCCGCUCCGACUUGCGAAGUUAACCUAAACGCACCCCUACUCGGCACCGUGGCCCUCCUUAACUCGAUUGCCCUCGUGGCCACAGCCGCCCUCCUCUUCAAGCGCCCAUCAUCUUUCCGCCCACUGGCCACCCUCGGCGACGCCAUCGCCUCCUUCCUCGAAGACCCCGACCCAACCACGCAAGGAGCCUGUCUCCUCUCCAAAACCGACAUCUGGCGCGGCCGCUGGCCACUCGAAGCAGCCAAAUACUGGGUCCCCCAAACCCACUACUGGUUCCGCAGCGUCUCCCUCCCCCGCUGGAUGGGCGCCUUUCUCCUCUGGGUCAUCUGCACCAGCCUCACCGCCGCAGGGAUCGGCUACUCCACCUCCCUCUCUCCCUCUAACCAACUCACGCCCUUCGGCACCACCUCCGCGCACGCCCUCCUGUCCCUCCCACCUGCCACCCCCGCCGCCGCCGCCGCCGUCCUCGCCAGCCUCCCGCAACUCCUCCUCGCCUUCCUCUACCUCACCACCAACGCCCUCCUGACCACCUACCACCUGUCGCACGAAUCCUCGCUCUUCGCCACGGGGCCCGCCCGGCCCCUGCGCGUGUCGGCGUCCUCGGCCCGCGCCGUCGGCGCCCAGUCUACGUCCCUCCACCUCACCCUCCCGCGCGCCCUCUCCGGUCUGCUCAUGGCCUUCUUUGCUGGUUUGGCCUUCGUGCUGCGCCAGAGCUGUUUUGCUGUUGCUGUGCGCCUUGUUGAUGUGCCCGUUUCGCGGAACGCGCUGCCCGCUGAUAGUGAUGACGGCGAUGGUGCGGGGGGUUCGGUGGCUGGUUGGUCUUGGGUUGAGUGGGGUGGGGUUGUUGGUGCUGCUUGCUGCGCUGGUGGUGCUCGCGCUUGGCGUGCUGGCGUUGGGGCUGCGUCGUGCGCCGCCGGCGGGGCUGGUCAAUGGGGAGAUGCUGGGGAAUCCGAUGGUGUUGCCGGCUGGGUCGUGUAG